GGGCGGGCUAAGGACCUGCUGCUUCCCAAACGCCAGAGGGAUGCGGGCAGCAGAACGCGAGAGGCGGCUGCUUGGCUGCGGGGCGUUUUGACUUUUCCUCCACCCUGCCUCCUAGGGCUCCUCUCCUCUGUCCCUGGAGUCUGGUCUCCUGCUCCCCCGGCCUCCCAGAGCCCUUUUCUUAUGGCAGGAGCUUCCCAGGUCUCCGGCGUAGCUUCUCAGCCAACGACCCUCUCGCUGCCGGAGCUGAGCCGGGUCACUGGAUGUUGCUAAAACUCUCGAGAUCAUGCGCGGGUUUGGCUGCUGUUUCGCCGUCAGGUGCCACUGCCACCGCCACUGCUUCUACUGCCGCCGUCCGCGGGAUGCUCAGUAGCCCGCUGCCGGGCCCCAACGAUAGUGUGUUUUUCGGAAGCCGUUUGCUGCUGCAGAGUUGCGCGAACUAGUCAUGGUGCUGUGGGAGUCCCCGCGGCAGUGCAGCAGCUGGACACUUUGCGAGGGCUUUUGCUGGCUGCUGCUGCUGCCCAUCAUGCUACUCAUCGUAGCCCGCCCGGUCAAGCUUGCGGCUUUCCCUACCUCCUUAAGUGACUGCCAAACACCUACCGGCUGGAACUGCUCUGGUUAUGAUGACAGAGAAAAUGAUCUCUUCCUCUGUGACACCAACACCUGUAAAUUUGAUGGGGAAUGUUUAAGAAUUGGAGACACUGUGACUUGCGUCUGUCAGUUCAAGUGCAACAAUGACUACGUGCCUGUGUGUGGCUCCAAUGGGGAGAGCUACCAGAAUGAGUGUUACCUGCGGCAGGCUGCCUGCAAACAGCAGAGCGAGAUCCUUGUGAUGGCUGAAGGAUCGUGUGCCACAGAUGCAGGAUCCGGAUCUGGAGAUGGAGUCCAUGAAGGCUCAGGAGAAACCAGUCAAAAGGAGACAUCCACCUGUGAUAUUUGCCAGUUUGGGGCAGAAUGUGACGAAGAUGCCGAGGAUGUCUGGUGUGUGUGCAACAUUGAUUGUUCUCAAACCAACUUCAAUCCCCUCUGUGCUUCUGAUGGGAAAUCUUAUGAUAAUGCGUGUCAAAUCAAAGAAGCAUCGUGUCAGAAACAGGAGAAAAUUGAAGUCAUGUCGUUGGGUCGAUGUCAAGAUAACACAACUACAACUACUAAAUCUGAAGAUGGGCAUUAUGCAAGAACAGAUUAUGCAGAGAAUGCUAACAAAUUAGAAGAAAGUGCCAGAGAACACCACAUACCUUGCCCAGAACAUUACAAUGGCUUCUGCAUGCACGGCAAGUGCGAACAUUCUAUCAAUAUGCAGGAACCAUCUUGCAGGUGUGAUGCUGGUUAUACUGGACAACACUGUGAAAAAAAGGACUACAGUGUACUGUAUGUUGUGCCGGGCCCUGUACGAUUUCAAUACGUCUUAAUUGCAGCUGUGAUUGGAACGAUUCAGAUUGCCGUCAUCUGUGUGGUGGUCCUCUGCAUCACAAGGAAAUGCCCCAGAAGCAACAGAAUUCACAGACAGAAGCAAAACACAGGGCACUACAGCUCAGACAACACGACAAGAGCAUCCACGAGGUUAAUCUGAAGGGAGCAUGUUGCACAGUGGCCGAACUACCGAAAGCUUGGACUACACAAUACAGUAUUAUAGACAAAAGAAUAAGACAAGAUCUACACAUGUUGCCUUGCAUUUGUGGUAAUCUACACCAAUGAAAACAUGUACUACAGCUAUAUUUGAUUAUGUAUGGAUAUAUUUGAAAUAGUAUACAUUGUCUUGAUGUUUUUCUGUAAUGUAAAUAAACUAUUUAUAUCACACAAUAUAGUUUUUUCUUUCCCAUGUAUUUGUUAUAUAUAAUAAAUACUCAGUAAUGAGAAAAAAUGGCAUUCUUAACUUUGCGGUAUCUCAUAACUGUAAAUAUAAUCAAUAUAGUACAAUCUCUGCAGGUACUGGUUUUUCAUCUUUCUCCACAUCUUGAGACAUGGCAUUAGUUUACACAGGACUCAGUGGCUAGGGUUUGAGUGGUUCCCAGAUCAAGGGAAAUGAUUGUUAUUAGAAAAGAAAAAAAAAUUUACUUUAUAUCAAGUGAGGAUAAAGUAUUUCAGAUCUUUGAAUUACCUCUAUUUCAUCAACUUUCUUCCUGGUCCUCUGUUUUCAUCCCCAGAGCAGAAAAUCUCUGUCAUAUAAAUUAAAUCAAAGAAAAAGGAAAGGAAAGGAAACAUGUUUUAACUCAUAACAGAGAGGGAAAGAAGAUAUUCAUUUUUAUUUGCAAAACACCUUAGGUUAAAUGCAUAUAUCCAAGUUAUGCAUAUAUUCCAGUUAAAUGCAUAUAUCCAAAGGGUCCUGAACAAGUUAAAUAUUAGGACUACACGGAGCACAAAAUCUGUUCCAUUUAGGUGAGUGGAAUUAACAACUACCAGAAAUUUUUAAUAACAUCAUUAAAUGUAAAACACCAAAAUCAUGAAUUCUUUGAAGAACCUUACUAUAUUUAUAGUAUACAGUUCUUUAAAAAGAAGUUUGAGUCACAACCAAAUCUCUCAUGAAUAGCCUUAUGAUUAAUGCAGCGUCAUUAUUUGAAAUGGAACUAAGAUGAUGAUAUUUUAUAAAAAAAGAAAUAUGUUUGAAGCACAUUUAUAUGAUGAGAUAAAAAAUGAAUCCCAUGGCAUCUGAAAGAGCUUAGUGGGCAGUUGGUGGAUAUUUGAGCAUACAAAUAGGUAGGACUACUUUGGGAAAAAAUUAACAAAAUUUCUCAAAGAAAAAGAUAAAAAUAACAAAUCAAAUAAUUGCUUUGUAUUAGUUAGUUCUUCAUAGCUUUCUGUGGCAAAUAUAGUAAAUCUAAAUAAAGCUUUCUUGUCUUCAAAUUACCUCUACAUGAGCUAAAAGGAGUGACACUCUUAUGUCAAA